AUGGACUCCUUUCCAGAACAUAGCCCCAAGCAGGCCGGCCAGGCAAAGCCCACAAUCGAGGAGAUCAAAGAGUGGGAUGCGGACGAGCUGCUUGAGUGGAUCCAACAGAACAAACCAAAACAGCUCAAAGGUCACGGACUUGAAAAAUUCAAAGCGGCAGACAUUUCGGGGGAGGUUUUCUUGAUCCUAGUACUCGCGAAUCUGGCAAGGGAGAUGGCGGGAAAGGAGCGAGAUACCAGCAUUGAACACACUACAGACCCUAGUAGAAGGAAGAGAAAGAGUCCGCCUCACACCGACAUAACGCCUUUACCAAAGAGAACCCGAGUUGGUAAUAGUCGCCUGAUAGUUAACGGCAAACUGAAGCACUUCCGAUCCGGAUUUACGAAUUUUUCCAAUCUUCUACAGGAGGAGGGCCAGGCUUACUUCGAUCGUACUCGCUAUAUCUUCAUGUUGCACGAACUCGACAAGUCUAUCCUCUUCUGUCGCCCACGUCGGUUCGGCAAAACAUUGACGGCGAGCAUGCUGGAACAUUUCCACGGUCUUCAGUAUGCAGGUGAACAUCAAUCACUCUACAAGGGUCUCGAUGUGCAAAAAGAUAUUGACGAAAGACAAGCAGAAGAGGAAAAUUGUGUGAAACCGAGACAGUACUUUGUCAUGAAAUUCGAUUUUUCCAAAAUCAACCCCCACCCGGACCUUACGAAGGCGAAUGAGGCACUUAUCCGUUCUCGGUAG